AUGGACAGAGCCAUCAGUCUGAAUGUGAAGUUCAAUGAUGACAAGAUACAGUACAUGGUGUUGUUUGACGUCACUGUGGCAGGCCAUGAGGUUGGCAGGAUUGUGAUUGGCCUGUUUGAAGACCUUCUUCCACUGAUUGUGAAUAACUUUGUGGGUCUUGCAAAAGGGGAGAAAGGAUAUGGUUAUAAAGGAAGUAAGUUUCAUCGGGCAAUCAAGGACUUCAUGAUCCAAGGCGGUGACUUCACAGCUGGAGAUGGGACUGGAGGUAAGAAAGGCAACCAAUUUGCUGAUGAGAACUUCAAGCUGAAGCAACUGGGCAGUUGGGCCAGUAUGGCCAACACGGGCCCAGACACCAACGGCUCCAGUUUUUUUAUCACUGCGGCCAGGGCUCCUAGGCUGGACGGGAAGCACGUGGUGUUUGGGAAGAUGCUGGAGGUUAUGUCUGUGGUUCACACCAUCGAGCUCCAAGACACAAAUGACCGAAACCUGCCCUAUACAGUGUGUCAUUGUCAACAGUGGGAAGACUGA